AUGGGCCCCUAUAUACCGCCUCCUCAUGCUGCUGCCAGGCCCCUAAUCUGCCAUGGGCCCCUAUAUACCGCCUCCUCAUGCUGCUGCCAGGUCCAGAGUCUGUCAUGGGUCCCUGUACGGCCUCCCAUUGCUGCUGUCUCCAUCGCCACACUCUGCCAUGUGCCACUUUCAGGUCUCCUCACACUGCUGGUGUGUAGAAUUUUUUGACAUAGGGUGCUGGCAGAUUACGGGCCUCCCAUAGCUGCUGCCAGGCCCCUAAUCUGCCAUAGGCCCCUAUAUACCGCCUCCUCAUGCUGCUGCCAGGUCCAGAUGCUGUCAUGGGCCAGGCCUCCCAUUGCUGCUGUCUCCAUCGCCACACUCUGCCAUGUGCCACUUUCAGGUCUCCUCACACACUGCUGAAUUUUUUUGACAUAGGGUGCUGGCAGAUUAUGGGCCUCCCAUAGCUGCUGCCAGGCC